AUGGUCCAGCCGCGGUCCCCACGCCGAGUCCACGGCCGCUCUCAGGGUGCCUCGCUCACCGCACCCACCCGACGCGCGCGCACCGACCUGCCGGGAUUGGAACGGAAGGCCUGUCCUGCCCCUCCCGCGCCCCCACCCGGCCCCGACGCCACGCCCGGGCAGCGGGGACCACGCGGCGGCCUGGAGCGGGCCGUGGGGAUGGCGUGGCGCAUGGGGCCCGCCGGCUCGCCCUGUCAGAUGGCCGGCACAUUUGUGCUCGGUCCCACCCGUGCCCAGCGCCUGCGCCCCGAGGUUCCGCCCUGCCCCGCGCCUGCGCCCCCACUCCUGCUGAACUCGGCUGCUGUAGGCAAACUCCACAUCGCCGACGUCCGGCCAGGGCCACGGCGUGGGCACCGGAGCCUGGUGGCCCUUCCGGCAUGCUGGUGCCCUGCGGCGAGCGCGGCAGGAGCGGACUCCCUGUUCUCUGCCCAGGCCUGUGGCUGUGGAUCGGGGGGUGGAGGAGCCGUGGGCGCUGAGGAGCCGGUGGCGGUGGCGGUGGCGGUGGCGGUGGCGGUGGCCGGGCCCCGGCCGCCCAUGGAGCGCUGCAGCAGGGCUCCUGAGGCUGAGGGGCGGCCCCACCCCUCCAGCUGCUCCGCGGAGCCCCUCAAAGCCUUGGCCCGGCCCGGGGUCCCGGGGGCCCCGUCCAUCGGGCGCCGAGCGUGGACGGAGCGUGACCACGGGCAGAGCGCGGGGCCUUGUUUGGAAAGGUUUCUCGUGGGCGUCUCGGGUUGCACGCGGGCCCGUGUGGUCGCGCUGGGCGCGGGGCGGGGCUGGCUUCCUGUGGCCAACCUCCCACCACCACCACCAUCACCACCACCACCAUCACCACCAUCACCACCAUCAUCUCCACCAUCACUACCACCAUCACCACCACCAUCACCACCACCAUCACAAUCAUCACCACCAUCACCACCACCACCACCACCAUCACUACCACCGUCACCCACACCACCACCACCACCACCAUCACCACCACCAUCACCACCAUCACCACCACCAUCACCACCACCACCACCAUCACCACCACUGCCAUCACCACCACCACCAUCACCACCACCAUCACCACCAUCACCACCACCAUCACCACCACCACCACCACCAUCACCACCACCACCACCACCAUCACCACCACUGCCAUCACCACCACCACCAUCACCACCACCAUCACCACCAUCACCACCACCACCACCAUCACCACCACUGCCAUCACCACCACCACCACCAUCACCACCAUCACCACCGCACCUCCUUCUCCUUGCAGCCCUCCAGCCAGAGGCAGAGCGAGGGCGGCUGGGACGUCCUGCCCUGCCCUCCCCGCGCGACAUCCAUCUUCCGCCGACGGCCAGGCGGCCCGAGGGCCCCAGCUCGCGUUUCCUGCCGCGGGGAGGGAAAUCCGAGGAGCCGGCGGGGUGCGGGGCCGACAGGCGGCCCAUGGCGGUGCCGCCAACCUCACCUCCAUCCCCGCCGCCACGGUCGCCGUCAGCACCGCCGCCCCGCCCCCACCUGACAGCCAGCGCCGGCCAGCGCCGUGCUCGCUCCUCCCUCCCCGUCUCGGGGCCCCCCUCCACCCCCCCCCGGCUGCACCCUGUUUUCUCCGUGGCAUCACCGCGCACGCUGACCGGGUUUGCCUUCGUCCUCCCUGUCUCCUGCGCGGAUGUGAGUGUCACGGAGGCGUUGCCCGGCGUGGGCCCGUCAGCCGCCAAGGGUCACGCCGCCUCUGUCCCCGGGGGCCACAACCGCCCCGUCCCCGAGGGCCACACGCCCCUGUCCCCAUGGCAUGGAGCCCACAGAGCUCCGGCCCCCAACACGGGCGAGCGGCCCGCCGCCCAGGAACCAUCGGCCCAGGGGCGAGACGACCGACCGACACGGCCGCACCGGACCUCCGUCACCGCUCCAGGGCCUUGGAUCCCAAAAGCUGCGCUGACCAAGCCCCCGCGCGGCCCCGCGGCCGGCCUCCCCUUCCUGGCUGCUGGGGGACGUGGACACGGGGGCGUGGGCCAGGGGGACAUGGACCAGGGGGACGUGGACAAGGGGGACGUGGACACGGGGGACGUGGACCAGGGGGACGUGGACACGGGGGGACACGCGCGCCGGGAGGACUGCGGGCAUCGCGCACUCCCAGGGCACACGGCAGCCCUGGUGCGGGCACGCACGCGUGUCCUGUCCGGCCACGGGUCCACGGGGUCGCUGCUCUUUGGGGGCCCUGUGGAGGAGCCGAUGCUCUCCGUCACGACCUGGAGGGGGUCCCAGGCGAGUGCGGGCGUCGGGGGGCAGAGCUGCAGAGCUCACCGUGAACCCCAAACCCACGGCCGCCUCGCCGCCGCCCCCCCGGAGUCCCGGGAGCGAGGGUGGCGGCGAGCGCGGCGGGACCCGACGGCGCAGGCGCAGGCGCAGGCGCGCGGAGGCGCCCGGGCGGGGCGGGAGGAGCGGAGGGCGCCCCCCCCCCACGUCCUCCCUGGGAACACGGCCCGCGUGGGGACGGCGGCCACGCAGCGCGACCCGGCGGGUCACCGGGAGCCGCGCAUGCGCAGCCCUGGAGCCCCGCCCCCGCCCCCCCCCACGUCCUCCCUGGGAACACGGCCCGCGUGGGGACGGCGGCCACGCAGCGCGACCCGGCGGGUCACCGGGAGCCGCGCAUGCGCAGCCCUGGAGCCCCGCCCCCGCCGCCCAGCGCCGCCCACACCCAGGCGGGCCGGCGACCCGGCCUCCAGCUCCCCGGGCCCGGAGGCACCCCAACCCAACGCCAGACUGGCUCGCGCCCGGCGGGGGGGGCUGCGGCCCCCAGGCUCUGCCCGGGGAGCCCCGGGCGCGGUGGGCGACUCACCUGAGUCGCUGGUCCCCCACAGAGCGGCGGCCCCGUGCCCAGCCGCCCCCCGCGGACCCCCGGCCGCCGGGGCCGUCUUCCCGGGGCCGGACCCAGCCGCGCUGAGCCGCCCUGAGCCGCCCUGCCGCUCGGACGCGGGUCCCAUUCGAGCCCCAAGCCCGGAUCCCUUCACCGGCAUCCACCUCCGGGGGCCCCGGGGGGCCUCGAGUUCCGUGGGCGGCCCGACGUCCUGGGUGCCUGUGGGGCGUCUGCGGAUUUACGCGGUGACUUCACCCCCCUGCGAUCCCGGCGGCCGCGGCCCCGCAGCUCUCAGGAACGAGGGGCCAGAUAACAAGUCUAGACGGCCAGAGGCGGGGAUGGGGGUGGCCAGCCGCGGGCUCCGGGGACUCGCGGGCGGGAGCCGGGCCGUCCAGGCGACGCCCGGGCCGCAGCUCUCCUUGUGGGACCUGCGCACCACCGAGCCACCUGAGCCGGCCUCUGCCCCCCCCCCCGGGUCUGCACCCCCACUGCCCGGGGGAAAGGCACAGGUCUGGCGGCCGCCCGGCCCCGCCCCUGCCCGCCGCGUGGCUGGACCUGGGCCUCGCCCGGGCCCGGCUGCCGUGGGAGCUGAGGCGGCCAGUGUGGACGACGCCAUCUCCAGUGCCGGGCCGUGCAGCCGGCCGGGGCCCUCGUCACCCUGUGGAGACGCUCGCCACGGGGCAAACAAGCGGCGCGACGCGGCCAGCCCCGCGGCCCGAGCCGGCCAGGGGGCGAGCGAGCGAGCGGCGCGGGGCUCGUGGACGCCGGAGGCUCCCGUCUCCCGGUGGCGGCCGCGGCGGCCCAGGCCCCGCGGUGUGGAAGAGGAGGAAUUCUACGCCGAGUUCAGGACGUGGGCGAGGCCACGGGGGCUGGGCCCUCGCUCUGCAACCGUCCUGUGCCGAGGGGCUUCCUGGCAGGCCUCGGUUUACCUGUCUGCCACGGGGGCGCCACGGCACCGAAUCGGCAGCCGGGGCGCCGGGCAGGGCGCGUGGACUCGGCCAGCGCGGCCCCACUCCAAGGCUGAGACCCAACGUGAAGAGGCCCUCACAGAGCCCACGCUGGCCUGCCACGCCGUGUGGGCCACGGCCGUGGAACCGCAGCCUCUGAAGGAGGCGGGCUGUGGACGGGCCCGGGGCCCUGCCUGCAGUGGCAGCCGCGUGGGAAGAUGGCGGUGCCUGGGCGGCGCAGGGGAAAGCGUGGCCCGAGGGGCGCGGAGCCGCAGGGCCCGUGGGACGGCCGGGGCCGGACGGGCAGACGGGCCACCAAACAGCGACCGAACGGAGAGCCGCGCCCGGCAGAGCCACGCGGGACUGGCGGUGGCGGCGGGGGAAAUGCCAGGCCGGCGAGGGCGGCAGCGGGCGGAGCGCCAGACACACUCGCGCGUGCCCGGGAACCGCGGGUUCCGCAGCCGGAAAGAAACACAGCGAAUCACUCGCCGCGCCUGGUGGAGACGCCUCCCGGUCCACGGGCCCCGCCACGCACACGCACGCGGCCACGCCCAUGGCGACCAUGCCCACGGGGCCACGCCCACGCUGACCACACCCACGGCGGCCGCGCCCACGGCAGCCACACCCACGGUGACCACACCCACGGUGACCACACCCACGGCAGCCGCACCCACGGUGACCACACCCACGGCGGCCGCGCCCACGGCGACCACACCCACGGUGACCACACCCACGGUGACCACACCCACGGUGACCACACCCACGCUGACCACACCCACGGCAGCCGCACCCACGGUGACCACACCCACGGCAGCCACACCCACGGUGACCACACCCACGGCAACCGCACCCACGGUGACCACACCCACGGCGGCCACACCCACGGCAGCCGCACCCACGGCGACCACACCCACGGCGACCACACCCACGGCAGCCACACCCACGGUGACCACACCCACGGCAGCCACACCCACGGUGACCACACCCACGGCAGCCACACCCACGGUGACCACACCCACGGCAGCCACACCCACGGUGACCACACCCACGGCAGCCACACCCACGGUGACCACACCCACGGCAGCCACACCCACGGUGACCACACCCACGGCAGCCACACCACGCGACCACACCCACGGCGACCACACCCACGGCAACCACACCCACGGUGA